UCACGAGGAAGUCUAUCAGUUUUACUUUCAGAAAAAUUAUUUGAAUUGUUCUUAACUAAAGAUGUCUGCGUUUGCGAGGAGCGCCCGAUUUGGUUGCCCUUCAAGGUCAAAUAUGUUGACGCUGAAAUUUGACAAGUCGUCGCUUUGCCCUCGAAAGGUGGUUAUCCCACCUUCCUCUUGCAAGCGGCCGAGCUCGACACUGAGCAAGAAAGGGAGCGAUUGGAAGCCACCGGUGAUCAGAGGGGACGAAGCAGUCUCAACACAGCUUAGUGCAGUCCCUGAUAAUACGGCAGCACCUGCUUGUCGACAAGAAAGUCGCGAAUUUGCAAAUAAGGGAUCUCCUGAUAAGAUCACAGACACAAUCAAGCACUCUACUUGUGUGGCCCCAGUUAUCUCGGGAGCUAGGAUUCAAGAAGAUCUAAAACACUACAAACAACAAACUGAAACCUUGGAAAGUCUUUUUGCCGCAGUAAAUCAUAACAAUGAAAACCUCAUUAACGAAAACCUCCUCCUUCAAGCUGAACUAGAUAAUCUAAACAAUGAGCUUAAAGUCAAAGACAACAAAAUUGAAUCCCUUCAAGAUGAGCUUGAACGUAUGGAAAAUGAGAAAACAGAGCUAAGGGUGGAGCUGAGGGGAGCAGAGAGGUCUACAGAGGCCACCAAGGGUGUGAUGGCGACGAUGAAAGAAAUGCUCAGGAAGACUGAUGAGCAGAAAUUAGCUCUGCAGAAGUACAUUGAUGAUCUUGAGCUGGAGAACAGUGAACUCACGUCACAGCUCGGUAGAUCAUUAGAAAAUCUGAAACAACUCGACCAGAUCCAUAAGAACACAGCAGUCUCCAGUGAGAAUGCCCUUGAGAGAAUGUCAGGACAGGUUGAUGUGCUGAAUACAGCGCUCGAAAAGCUAAGAGAAGAGAAUUCAAGACUAAAGAGUAAGCUAGGUGCUAUAAAGGAUCAUGCUUGGGAAUCUGUACCCAAAGAGACUCCCAAAACAUCCAGUGCUUCACAGAAAGUCUUCAAGCUAUCAAGUCCAUCCAUAGACCUGACACCAGACCCGGUGCACAACCAUGUCUUCCUGAUGCAAACAACUCUCAGCCAAUCAGAGAGGGAACUAAUUAGCCAGCGCAACUUGAGGCGUUUAAAGAUGGUUCGUGUUAACCUGAUGGACGCCCUGAAUUGUGUGAGUGGUCAUGUGACAGGCAAGCCCCUAGGAUCACCUUUGAUAGCUGAACAAGUGCAGCAUUGUUAGUGGCCUAGUCUCUGCAAUAGACUGUCCCUGUUCUGCCCUGAAGGAAAUGAAUAUGUACUCCACUUGGGAAAACAAUGAGAACAACAAAUGUAUCAAAUUUAUUGACAAAUACUACAAUAUCUCCAUACAUGUAAUUAAAUAUAGAUAUAAUAUGUAAUUAUUCCAAUAAUUAUCAAUGUUAAUUGGGCUGAUUUCAGUAUGAUGUGAAUAUCUUAAUAAACUGACAGCCAUACAGUA